UUCCCCCGGGCUGCCGCUGCUCCGUCGGUGCUGAAGCUGCUUCUCUCCCCGGCUGCGCGUCGCUCCGUGCGGCUUAUUAACGCCCGGAGUUCAUCCUUAAGCCGGGUCGCUUUCUCAGGGGGAGGGUGGAACUCGCCGCGCCCAGGACCAGUCCGCUGACUGCGGGCCACGAACAUGCCGGACAUGUCCUGAGCAGCUCGUUGAAGCGCGGAGCCUCCGUGGGAGACGCUGCUCGGAUGUAGCAUGUUAGCUAGCAGCUAGCACAGUGUACACACAGCGUUUUGUUCCGGACCGGACGGACUCUGCAUGACAAGCUGUGGCCGAUGUUAAGCCCGGAGAAGGCGCAGCAACCGCGGCUGUUUUCUUGAAGGACGAGUCGAGGAUACCUCCCGGUUGUCAACCUCCAGCCCCGGGGCUGACCCCCCCUGGUCGCCGACCGAUUUUAAUGGCCGGAAAUCCGAGGAGGGGCGCCGGACUCAUCGGCUUGAUGAAGGACGCCUUCCAGCCCCACCAGCAGCCGCUGCAGCCGCACCAACCUGCCGUGGUCGACAAGAAAAUGGUGGAGAAGUGCUGGAAGCUCAUGGACAAGGUGGUACGUCUGUGCCAGAACCCCAAGGUGGCGCUGAAGAACAGCCCACCCUACAUCCUGGACCUGCUCCCGGACACCUACCAGCACCUCCGCACCAUUCUGUCUCGGUACGAGGGCAAGAUAGAGAUCCUCGGGGAAAACGAGUACUUCCGCGUGGUCAUGGAGAACUUGACCAACAAGACGAAGCAGACGAUGAGUCUCUUUAAGGAAGCAAAGGAGAGGAUGUUCGAGGAGAACUCUCAGCCCAGGCGAAACCUCACCAAGCUGUCUCUGAUCUUCAGUCACAUGCUGGCGGAGCUGAAAGCCAUCUUCCCCAACGGCCUGUUUCAGGGCGACAACUUCCGGAUCACCAAAGCUGACGCUGCGGAAUUUUGGAGAAGGUCGUUCGGGGACAAGACCAUCGUGCCCUGGAGGACAUUUCGUCAGGCUCUUCACGAGUUUCAUCCAAUCAGCUCGGGCCUGGAGGCCAUGGCCCUGAAGUCCACCAUCGACCUCACCUGCAACGACUACAUCUCCGUCUUUGAGUUUGACAUCUUCACCAGGCUCUUCCAGCCAUGGUCGUCUCUUUUAAGGAACUGGAACAGUCUGGCCGUCACUCACCCUGGUUACAUGGCCUUCUUGACAUAUGACGAGGUCAAGGCCCGACUGCACCGGUUCAUCCACAAACCUGGCAGUUACAUCUUCAGGCUGAGCUGCACCCGGCUGGGCCAGUGGGCUAUCGGCUACGUGACAGCUGAUGGGAACAUCCUGCAGACCAUCCCCCAUAACAAACCCCUGUUCCAAGCCCUCAUUGAUGGAUACAGAGAAGGAUUCUAUCUGUUCCCUGAUGGCCGUGCACAGAACCCAGACCUCACCGGGCUGUGUGAACCGUCUCCUCAGGACCACAUCAAAGUUACUCAGGAGCAGUACGAGCUGUACUGUGAGAUGGGCUCCACGUUCCAGCUUUGUAAGAUCUGUGCAGAGAACGACAAGGACGUGAAGAUCGAGCCCUGCAGGCACCUGAUGUGCACGUCCUGUCUGACCGCCUGGCAGGAGUCGGAGGGACAAGGCUGCCCGUUCUGUCGCUGUGAGAUUAAAGGCACGGAGCCCAUCGUUGUGGAUCCCUUCCACCCGAAGCUCGGAGGGGCUUCAUUCGCUGGUUUCCAGGUGACCAGUAGAGCAGAGGCUGCUGGGAAUGACGAUGAAGAAGACGAUCGCCUGGAGGACCAGCACCUUGUCAUGAGCAGGCUGGCCUGCACCAAGGUUGAACGUCCACCAUCUCCAGUGUCUCAGCUGCCCCCGGUUCCCCCCCGACUGGACCUCUUGCAGCAGAGACCCUCCACCUCCCACAGUGCACUGGCCCAGGGAGCCACAGCUAAGAUGGGAGCGACUCACAGAGACAAGCCUCUACCUCUGCCUCCAUCCCUGAGAGAGUUGCCCCCUCCUCCCCCCCCGGAGCGCCCCUCCAUGGUCGGCCAGGACUCCAGACUUCAGAGGAGACCCCUGCCCUCGACCCCCGACCAGCCCGCCUGGGCCUCCAACUACAUGGUCCCACGUCCCGCAACCAAGGCCCCGUCGGCCCUGUCCUCCACGCCUCAGGGCGGGGAACUCAGUGGAGAGGGAAGCAAAACUCAGUCGGCGACCAACGCCGUCUACUGUCUGGCUGCCAGGUCUCUGUCGGCUUCAGUCGUGUUGAGCAGCGACAUGUCGUCCUCUGACUGCGAGGAGAACGAGUACAUGAGUCCCACCUCUCUCCCGGUCACUGGUGCACCCUGGGUCAUCACAGGCUCCCUGGUGCCUCCCCCGCCGACACAGGCAAACCAACACAACGACACCAGUGAGGCGGCUGAGAGCGACUCUGAUGACCCUCAGGUCUACGAGUCCAUGUUUAACAUCCAGGCUCAGGCUGGAUCCUGUGAGACACCACAGACGUCUGAUCUGGACCACCCUCCACCUCCAGCAGCCGUCCCUCAGGACAAGAAGGAAGACUCGAGUGAGGAGGAAAUCUACGAGUAUGACUGCCCCCGACCGGUCGUCCCUCCGGCCCCGACCAGAAGAACCAUGUCCGAUAUGAGCGGCCCCUCAGCCGCCUUCAGCACCCUCAGCAUCGACGGGGCUGUAGAAGCAAGUAUGUUUGCCGCAGCCGUGGAACCUGAACGCCCCCCCAAACCCCUUCCCCGGCGAGCCAACUCUGACCGGCGGCCUCGGCCUAUCAACCGUGAUUACCCUGCUCCUUUGCCAGACCUCCCUGAUCCCUCCUCUGACUCCCCUCCUCCUGCCGCUCCUCCUCCUGCUCCUCCCACUCCUGCUGCUGCUCCUCCUCCUCCUCCUGCUGCUGCCUCUCCUGCUCCUCUUCCCCCAGCUCCUCUUCCUCAAGCUGCUGCUUCUGCGGCUGCGGGCCCUGGUAGCCUGGCGCUGAACGGGGAGAUCGAAUGCCUGGUGUCGCAGGGCUACUCCAUCCAGGACAUCCAGAAAGCCCUGAUGAUCGCCCAGAACAACCUGGAGACGGCCAAGAACAUCCUGCGCGAGUUUGUCACCAUCCCCUCGGCGACGCACAUCGCCACAUAGUCCCCCCCCCCCCCCCCCCGGGGACGCUCGUCCUCUCCCUGUGGUCCCUGUCUUCACUCUGUGCCAUUACCAUGGAUAGCAUUUAACAAGCACUUUUUCUGCAGGGCCACAAGUACUUGCCUAAAGGCUUUUCUGUGAGGAGCGAUGCUGCGUUCACGUCAUAGCAGAAGAUCAACGAGGGAACGGAGACAUCUUCUGAAUCUCUUUAAAUGAUAAAAUACACAUAAAAAGUCCCAUUUAACAAACUUCAGCAGGUCAAGCUUCUCUGAGAGGAAUCCUCGGGUGAAGUUGUAGGAUUUGGAUUAACGUGGACGCUUGUAGACAUUGUUUUCUUUCUCUUGUUUACUCAUAUUUGCCAUUUUGAGAUUGACGUUUCCUGGCCGGCGAUGGCAAUAGUAUCUUUCACUUGGUUUGUGUUAUGACCUGAAUGCAGCAUACGCAGAGAAUCAAAGCCUUUGACCGUGUGCUCUCCGUAGCAGAGCUUCGACCCCUGCUGUACCUCACUGAGGUCCCCCCCCCCCCCCCCGGUCCGAGUGCCGUCUCAUUAAGCUACACUGAUGUCACCUCUGUGGAUCGUCCCUCCGCCGGCAGCCGCUCAGUUUGGUGCUUUACGGGCUUCUCGGCAAAAUCAUGGCGUACGAAGAUGUAGCGACUCGAGUUCUGGUCGUAGUGAUUAACUCUGUGGUGCGUGUGUGUGUGUGUCUGUGUGUGUGCGUGUGUGUGCUCAUGCUAACGAAUGUGAAUGUUCAGUUGCAGUGUCGCAGGGCUUCGUGUCGUACGUGUCACCGUGGCUCGCUCUCUGUUCGACUCCAUAUCUCCUCUCAGCUCUCGAGUCUCUGACGGAUCUGGAUUGAAAUAACAAGUUUAAUGUUGAAGUACUCUCAUAACGUGCUGUGCUGAGUGUGGUACUAACAAUGGCUGAAUUGUUUUGAUAAGUUCAUUGUCUCAUUAACUCUCUGGAGGCUGAUUUUUUUAUUUAGUCAAAGCUUACGUAUGUAUUCUCAUAUAGUUUCUUUCUGAGGAGUGAAAAGACGUUUUAAAGGCGAACUGUUCGAUUUCCUCUCACAUGCUAAUGUUUCCGUAUUUGAACCAGAACUAUGAGAAUCUAAUUGAAAGGGUUCACACCGAGCUCCCCUUAAUAUACCAGUUGCCCCAAUUUCAGACUGAUCCUAGAUCUGCCUCUUGGUUUGGAUCAGCAGCAGAAGUUAAUGGAUUCUUGCUCUGCCCAGGUCCCAUUGUUCCACCAUGAUAUGUGGAAUUUGACAAAGUAUUUUUUUGUGCACACCUGCUGACAAACAAACACACACCUGCAGCUGUCGUGUUGUCAUGUGGACUCAGGUACUCGGUGUUAAGUCGUUGUCACACGCUCUGAUGCUGAAAGGACACAGAGGGAUGAUGGAAUAACUCUAACCCAUUCCAGUUGUUCAAUGCUCCUGCUCAUCACCACCUGACUGACACUGGAAUCACACACAACACAAUCGUCGUUUCCCCGAAGCUCUCGUGCAGCUCCGGUGUUUCAGUCUCUCUCGGGCUCUUUAAACUCGUUACAGGACAAACCUUAAUAGAUGAGAUGUCCAACCAUGUAGUGAGAUCUCACCUUCAGCUGCCUGUGAAUAAUUUACUGAUCUGCUCAGUGACUGAAACGUCGGAUCCGGCCUCAUCUCCGAGUCGUUCACAUCUUCUCUCCAACAAAGAAGCUUCAACUGAAGGAAGGAAGUACACAGAAUAGAGUUGUGACUUUCCUCAGAUCAGGUGUUUAGGUUUCUCUCUCGCUGAUUAACAGUCGUGCUCCAGGCGCCACCCCCCCCCCCCCCCCCCCCCACCUUUCAUGAUGCGUCGCCUCAUCAGCGCGGGUUUGAUGUGAUCUACACGAGGGAUCGAGCAUUAACCAACCAACAGGAUCACAGGCACAUUGAGAGUGAAGAUGAAAGGAAGUCUGAGUCAUCAGGGCAGGGAGUCUGAUCCGAGUCCAGGGCGACAUCAGUGAGGAAUACAGAUUUACAAUAAGAGAACAAGAUGGCUGCUCCAUAUUAAUGUGCACAUUAAGGAACACGGGCAGAAACAAGACGCACUCGUUUCCACUGCUUCUGUUUAACUCCGAAAUCAGUUUCUCCCUUUUCUCUUUUACCGACACAGAGCUUUAAUGGUCACGAUGUGUCUAUAGUAACAUGUACAGUAAAUGUGCCUUCUGUCGAACACCAAACCAAAACUCCUUCUCCACAUUUACUGCUCGAAGCAAAAAACUGUUUGUUCUCUUUAAUUUGAGCUGUUUUCCAGCAGUGAUUUUGUCCAUUUAAUAAGAAUAUUUCAAAUGUUUGGAGAUUCUUCUUCAUACGAUGUCGUUUGAUCCACAGCUAUUAUCAAAAACUAAUAAUUAAUACAGUUGUUAGGCAGAAUACUUAACGAUAGAAAGAUAAUAAAUGUGUCAGUGCCCCCUGGUGGACAAACGACAGCUAAAAAUCGCAUUCACCAAUAAAGAAAAAUGGUAAAAAAUUUAAAAAAUGUUUUAAUUCCUAUAGCACAAAUUUAUACAAGGUUAAAGUUCUUCACAAGAAUAAAGCUACACAGAACAAAACAAGAAAAAAAAGUAAAAUAAGCAUGAUAACAUAAAAGAAAAUAUCAAAAACUAACAACGUUCGUUAAAACCAGUUAAAAGCCGAUAAAAGUAUGAUUUAAGUUGUAUUGCAAUUGUGAAAUAAUAUGUACUAAUUCUAAUAUAAGCUCAUAAUAACGAAUCAUCUCAAGUUUUUAAAUGUAGUGGAUGGAAUGUGCGGCUGCAAUUUCAGUUCUGCACUUUCUUGUUACUAAUUCACUGAAAUCUGGUCAAUUUCCUCUGGCUGCUAUUAGACAGAUUUUUGUUAAAUAAUUUCUUCUAAAAAAAAUGUUGAAUAUUCGUCUCUAGAAUCUCUUCAGGCGCCUCCGUGCUCUAGAAAAAGAUCCACUGAGGAAGAUGAAGAUGAAGAGUAGUGAAAUGUCAAAGUGAAGCUCGUCCUCGUCCCAGCAGACGAGGCUGAAGCUGGUUGGAUCUUCCAUCUCAAGUUUUCUGUCUUGAUGUGAUUCCUCGGAGACCUUCCAGCUUUAAUUGCCCCCAAAACUCAAAGUGAUUCAAAGCGUCGAGCUGGCUGCUUCAUGUCGCCCCCCCCACCCCCCCGCUCCCUCUGAUACCCAGAGGGCGUGUCGUCAGGCCUUCGCUUGAUCCCGGAGUUUCAACUCUUAACAGGGACCAACUCUUGACCAUGAAAGUGUCUGCGUGUGAGGAAACACUCAAAGAAGACACAACUUACACACAAACAAACUCAGAGUCCCCCCCCCCCCCCAGCUGACGUGUCGCUUCACACCCCACCGUUAAUGACACGUGUGAUGUGUAAUCACGUUAACGAGCCUUGUCAACAGGAACUUGCCUGCUAAAGAAUAAGUUGUCUUCAUCGCUUUAUUGCCUGUGUAAAUAUGAUUUUAUUUAUUGUCUUUUUAAUACCCUCAGCAUUCAUUGUGUUGCCAUGUUUUCAUGCCUAAGCCAUUAAGAUUUUUAAUUAAACAGUAUUUUCUUUAA